AAUGGACUACUCCAACAAUCCACCACUAGGUCUUGAGCCUCCAAAACUUUGCUGCAUCCCAGCUCGUCCUCUUGUAUGUGUCCUGUCAGUUCUUGGUGCCGCCCGUGGAAUCGGUCUCAUCAUUAUUUCGACCAAUUGGGGAGACCGUGUCACUGAUCUCAUCUUCGUCUUUCUCAACCUUCUUCUAUUGUUCGGAGCCGCUUGGAACAACGAGCCAGCCUUGAAAUGGUCCCAGAGAGUUGUCGCAAUUGCAGUUGUUCUUGCUGUCCUUCAGUUUAUGAUCUGGCCAGUUAUGUUUGCCAGUUUCACUGCUUCUGGAUUGGCUGAUACAAAUAAAACCAUGUUUGAGGUGGAGGAUGUUAUUUUUAAAACUCAAGAGGAAAAGAAAAAGAUGUUCUAUCGUGGAAUGCUUUCUGGAUAUGCUCUUGAAUUUGGAACUGUCUUGUUGAUCGGAGCUGAAAUCCUCAAGUACGUCCUAGUCAAUCGUCUCUGGAAAUACGCAAAGUCAACUGAGAACAUCGGAGGAAAUCAGUACAUCGUCCCAUAAACCCCCAGAAACUCCAUUUCAUGUACAUUUCUCCACCUUUUUCUUCAAAUAAUACUAUAAUCUGACAAAAUCUCACUUGAUCACAAUAGCAUUAAGAAUACACUCGCUUUUUUCGGUCAAAUUUGUAUUUAUUUUUGAAAUAAUAAACUCGUCAUGGAAU